AUGGCUGUCGCAGAACCGCUGUCUAAAGCCCAGGCGGCUCAUGUCAAUAUGAUGACAGAUACCAUCAUCGCCAACUUACCCCCAGCCGCCUUACGAUCCAUCGUUCGAGCUGUUCUUGCUUCGUAUCCAAAAUUCACUGCAGCUUUCGAAGAAGAAACUAGAAACCAUCUGAGCCUGACUACACCUACAACAGAAAUUUCGGUUGUAACGAAGGGGAAGCUAGUCAGAGAUGAAUUCAGCCUUUUACAGUCCCGGAUUCGCUGUAUGCUUGGAUGUGGCUUAUGCUAUUACAGUCUACCAUUGUUGGGGAGAAUCGUCGACGAAUCCAAGAACAUUAAUGGCAACACCGACGGAAUAUACGAUGACAUGAACUUGAUUGCGUCUAUAGAUGGAGACAUUGUGCAAGCGGUCACUGCGGUACAAAAGACAUUAGCUGUUUCAACCGGCGCGCGAGAGCUAUCGGACGACGAAAUGGCGUUACUAGAUACCCUUUACGAGUCGCUCACAGCGUCUCGGACAUAUUUCGAUUCAUCUGAAUAUGAUUUUCCAUUUCAAAGAGGAUUGGUUGCGAUAUCUAGUUUAUUAGGUCGUACGUUACCCUUGAGUGCUGCGAAAUCGACUAAUGGCACAAAAACGGUCAACGACACGUUCCUCCUGGCCCCGCGGGAAGUCAAGGAGACAUUUAUACUAGGAGAAAUCAAGCUGCCGCGCAUCUUCUGUGGCUUAUGGCAGCUUUCAAGUCCAGCCUGGGGAUCUGCCCCUGCCACCAAGAUUAUGACCGGGUUCGCACGAUAUGUGCAAAGAGGCCUUGGAGCAUUCGACAUGGCUGAUCACUACGGCGACGCCGAAAUCAUGUUUGGUGGCUUCCGCUCCGCCUACCCUUACCAGGACGCCCUUUUCGCAGCGACCAAAUACUGCGUCUUCCAUCCAAUGACUGCCACCCGUGAAAGGGUAGAGGCCAAUAUUACUGAAAGGUGCCAAAGGUUGGGAGUGAACAAAGUGGAUCUCCUACAGUUCCACUGGCAAUUUUAUGAAGAUAAUCAAUAUUUAGACGUUGUAAAAUACUUACAAGAAGACGAGAGAGUCGGCAUGUUGGGGCUCUGCAAUUUCGACACAGAACAUAUGCAGCGAGUGAUAGAUAGCGGUGUCACCGUAUACUCGAAUCAAGUGCAGUUCUCUUUGAUCGAUUCUCGACCUGUGGUCAAGAUGGGUGAAGUAUGCAUCAAUCACAAUGUCAGUUUGUUGACUUAUGGUACUUUGUGCGGUGGUUUUUUAGCAGAAAAAUGGCUUGGAAAACCGGAGCCUGAUCUCUAUGGUACUGAAAUCACUCCUAGUCAACGAAAGUACUUCACGAUGAUCCGAAGCUGGGGUGGCUGGGAAUUGUUCCAGAACUUGCUUCAGACUUUGAAGUUGAUCGGCGCGAAGCAUAAUGUAUCGGUUUCAAACGUCGCCACACGAUGGGUGCUGGACUUUCCUUACGUUGGAGCAGUCAUAGUUGGCUCACGAAUGGGUAUCAGCGAGCAUGUUGACGAGAAUAUGGCUGCUUUUGGUUGGUCACUUGACGAUGAGGAUCAAGAAGCUAUUGAAAAUGUGUUGAAAAAGAGCCGGCGAUCAGAAAUGUUCCAGUCAAUGGGAGACUGUGGUGGGGAGUAUCGAUAA